AGGGACAAAGUGUCCAAUGGCAGCUCUGUCACCAAGUUCACGCUCCUGGCAUUCGCAGACACGCGGGAGAUGCAGCUCUUGCACUUCUGGCUCUUCCUGGCUGCCCUCCUCAGCAACAGCAUCAUCAUCAUGGCCAUAGCCUGUGACCACCGACUCCACACCCCCAUGCAUGUCUUCCUCCUCAAAUUCUCUGUUCUUGACCUGGCCUCCAUCUCUACCUCUCUCCCCAAAUCCAUGGCAAAUUUCCUCUGGGACACCAGGGCCAUUUCCUACUUGGGAUGUGCUGCCCAGCUCUUUCUGUUUUCCUUCUUGCUCACAGCAGAGUAUUGUCUCCUCACUGUCAUGGCCUACGACCGCUACUUUGCCAUCUGCAGACCUUUGCACUACGGGACCCUCCUGGGCAGCAGAGCUUGUGUCCACAUGGCAGCAGCUGCCUGGGGCAGUGGGUUCCUCUAUGCUGGGCUGCAGACUGCCAACACAUUUUCAAUCCCCCUCUGCCAGGGCAAUGCUGUGGACCAGUUCUUGUGCCUCCCUCACCUGGUCGUGGUCUCUCUGUUUAACAGCACUGCAGUGUUUGCCUAUCUGAAGCCUCCUUCCAUCUCCUCGCCAUCCCUGAACCUGGUAUUGUCAUUCCUCUACUCAGUGGUUCCUCCGGCAGUGAACCCCCUCAUCUACAGCAUGAGGAACCAGGAGCUCAAAGAUGCCCUGAAGAAGCUCAUUCAAUCAGGAUUCUUUCAGAAGCAAUAA